UUACACUCUCAGUCACUAUAAUUCUAUAUAACCAAAAAACCACACCUAUUCGGCUAUUCCUCUUCAAAUAGACACAUCUCCUUAUUCUAGAUUCUUCUUUCCCUUCUCAGUCAAGGGGUUCCCUGAGAUCACAACUGAAAAAAUGGUGAAGGCUGUGGCAGUUCUUAGCAGCAGUGAGGGUGUCAGUGGAACUAUUCACUUCUCUCAGGAAGGAAAUGGUCCAACCACUGUGACUGGAAAUCUUGCUGGCCUUAAGCCUGGUCUUCAUGGGUUCCAUGUCCAUGCCCUUGGAGACACCACAAAUGGUUGCAUGUCAACUGGACCGCAUUUCAAUCCUAACAACAAGGAGCAUGGUGCCCCUGAAGAUGAGAACCGCCAUGCUGGUGAUUUAGGAAAUGUUAAUGUUGGAGAUGAUGGAACUGUUAGCUUCUCCAUUUCCGACAGUCAGAUCCCUCUUAGCGGACCAAACUCCAUUGUUGGAAGGGCUGUUGUUGUCCAUGCUGAUCCUGAUGAUCUUGGGAAAGGUGGGCAUGAGCUUAGCAAAUCCACUGGAAAUGCUGGUGGCAGAGUAGCUUGCGGGGUUAUUGGUUUGCAAGGCUAGAUACUCCUUUCAGCCCCUGGAUUAUCAUGCUUUUUCGCGUGGCCAAGCUUUUCUAGUCGUGGAAUAAAACUUUUACCCCUUUCCGUUGUUUGGUUAGUUCUGGUCUGUACUUCUGAAUUCUCUAUUAUGCUGCUGUGUUAUCUGAUGGGCUAUGUGCUGGUAUUCGCUUCUUAAAUACUGAUAAUCAUAAUACAUUGCCUCAA